AUCCUGAACCAAUUUCAAGCAUAAUGAUUAACGAGCCUGAUUACAGCAGUUAUGAUUUUUCUAUAGAGAAUAUAGAUUUUCCUAACAGUUUUGAGAUGAAACAGGUUCAAGUAAAAAAGAAGUCAAUGAAAAGAAUAGAAAAAUGUGAUGUAAUUUUUUUUAUUAAAUUUCGAUCUGCUGAGGCAAGGGGCUCUGUGAAAAGUAUUAUUAUUAAAGUAAAACAUGCUUCCAAAGAACAUAAAGAUGUGAUUAUCGGACAUGAUCAAAGUGACUAUCAAGAAGCUUCAGUCCGCGUAAAAUUAAAUUUGAACUCAGUGUAUGAGGUAGAUAACUUUAAAGUUUAUGAACUAGACAAAGGUUUGCAUGGCGAUAAAAAAAACAUUUUUUAUCUUGAAGUUGAAGUAAUUUUUUAUAAUAACAAAAUACAAAAAAAAGAGACUCAUACCUUUCAAUUGGUUGAUAGAAAAAGACCUCAAGAUGGUGUAAAAAGUGACUCGAAACGACCUCGUUUAAGCCCAGCUGAUUCACAUUAUUCAGAUAAUGUGUUCCCUGACGUAUAUCAUUCGCUAUUGAAGUAUGAAGAUGAAUCAUUUGAAAAAGGAUUUAUUGUUAAUAAGAAUGGGAUAUUUUCUAUAUGGAAAACUUUACAAAACUUUUCUCAGACAUUUGUUAUAGGUCUGAUUAGUAGAUUAAAAUACUCGAAUGCAAAGAUUUCAACAUAUAAAGAGAAUGAUCAAGUACUAAAAUGCAAUAAGUUAGUGGCAGAUUAUAUUCAAGCAAAAGCAUUACAACUUGGAAAUUUAUUUCUCGGCCAAUCCAUUCAGACAACUAAUGGUGACAUUGCAUAUCAUUGGCCACUGGAGAAUGAAGAUGAAAUUUUUAAAGAAGGAGAAGUUGUGGGACUAAUUGCUGAUAUAAAUGGAAAUUUUAAAUUAAGAAAGUUAACUUUAAAAAACUGUUCAAGCGCAGAUCUUAAGGGUGUGAUUAGUCGAUCUUAUUACUUGCAGGCUCAAACUCCAACAGACACAAGACGCAGCGAAACUAUAUGUAUGUUGGGUAUUGUUCCAGUCCAGGUAAAAGGUUCUGUUCAAAUUAAUGAGGAGCUAUAUGCCUCUCCAGAAUUUCCUGGAUUUGCUGUAAGUAGGUACCAUCUUAGUAUCGAUUUGCAUCAAAGUAGUGGUCAUAUUGGAUACGCAUUUUCUUCGCAUAAUGCUACAGAUGAUAACGAAGAAGGUAUUGUUCAAGCUGCAGUGUCUGUCUUAGAAUCAGCAAGUCGGCGUUUACUCGAUGCACAACUUCCCACCUUGGAAUCUCAAAUUGAUCACGUUGCAAUAAAACAAAAGUUAACAAAAAGAUAUAUCUGCGUUUGUUUUAUUGCAUGCAUUGCUUUGGCUAUUUUAAGUAGCGUUUUACUUUACCAAAUUUUUGCACCUGGAACAAGUUUUCAAUACUUUCUUUGUAAACAAGGAAGACUAAGAGGAUCUGCAUCUUUUCAGUAUAUUCCACCAAUUAAUACUCGUGUUUAUCCUCAGGUUAGAGGUAUUGAAUUUGAGUUCUCAGUUCUCAUGCAGAAGAUAUCUAACACUGGUUAUAAACGAUUAAAUAUUACAGGAACUAGGUAUUACAUGAAUAUAGACUGUUGUGCGCACAGACCUUUUAUACAAAGAAGUAAUAUUCCUUUGACACACCCUGUUACUUACGGUCCUGAGCUGUUUGCUGUAGACAAAGAAUGCUAUAAUGUGUUUUAUUACCAAAAAGACAACUGGCUACGUUAUGAUUCUAUUUCUUGGAAAAACAAAAAAAAUAUAUUUUGUGAACCUUAAAGAGCUUUAAAUUGCCUUAGUUUAUAUAUUUAUAU